UUUUGUGACUUUGAGUCUUGAGUGCUACUUUGAGAACAAAAACUUGGUUUGGUGCUAUCCUAGUGUUUUUCUCUUACAGAAAAUCCAGUUUUUAAAUCCUGGAGAAAACGGUUUAUUAAACAAUUAUGCAGACUACAGAAGAAAGAUUUACAAGAUAUUUUUAACAUGGUGCAAAUAAAUUUGGUUGUCGAAUUGUCUAUAUAAUUUUUUUCAUAUCAUAAUUGUAAGAUCAUAAUAAAUUAGUGUAAAAAAAAAAGUUACAAAAGCUAAAUCUCUUUGGCAAUAUAAAAAGCUGAUACUUGAUGAGCUAAUAGAAGACAAAAAUACAGAUACAGUGGUCUUGCAUAGUUGCACAAGCCGAGCAACGUCAGCAUAUAGUUGUAAGUUGUGUAACUAAACAAAAGAAACAUAAAUUAAAAUCACAUCAUCAUCCCUUUUUCAUGCAAGGAAUUUUUUUUUUUUUUUUUUUUGCAUGCAAGGGUUUAUGAUAUCGUGACAUAAACCCAUAUUUUACAUUUUUUUCGUUUGCCGCUAACAGCAUCAUUUUGAUCAAUAUAUGUACAGUAUAUCAAUGGAACUUCUUUUAUAUAUGUGAAUGGAACUUGAUAUUUGGGUUUGACUAUUAAAACGAGUACUCAACCGUUCCAUCACCCUUGGUAUAUAGGAUUUUCAUUAUUUUAUACAAACUUGAGUUACGUGUUUGACAAAAACUGCGUUAACAUUCCACUGUUUUAACUUUCACGGCUAUUCCACUUUUUGUUUGUAACAUGGUUUGCUACGCAGUGCUGUACUUUAACAAGUACCUCUGAUCUCCAAUGUACCAAAUCCAAUCUAUUACCAAAGCUUCAUCAUCGUAACGUAUCAUUACAGACAUAUAACAAUUCGAAAGUAAAUAAGGCCGUUGACAACAAAAAACAUACACAUCCAAAGUCAAAUUUGAUGUUGUACAAUUUGUAUUCCAACCUAGAAGUUUGUUUACAAACACGCAAGAAACAAAAAUAUCAAACGAGGUUUUCUUCUCUAAUGUCAAUAUCAUUGACUCGAUCAAAAGAAAUGCCAACUAAAAUAUUUCUUUAAUCCCGUGAUCAACAAACAAAAUACUUUCAAAUAAAGACCAGAACUUUCUACCUCCCUUCCUAAUAACACAACUUACAUUUUUUCCCUUUAUAAUCUCGAUGAAAAGAGAAGUUACAUAUAAAACUAUACAACAAGACUAAAACACUCUUAUCAGAUAUCUAUUUAGCUUUGAAUCAUGGAAGUUAACGGUGGAGAAGAUCAAUACGAAGAAGCAUCAGAGUGGUUUGUAAAGUAUUUAAAUCGUCAAGGUGAUUGGUUAGAAAAGACCAGAGGAAAUCUAAUGGUUGCAGCGACAGUUAUAGCUGGUAUGAGUUUUCAAGUUAUGGUUAGUCCUCCUGGUGGUGUAUGGCAGAGUGAUAUUUGUUCUUCCGGUGAUCAAACCGGUGGUACCGUACCGGUUUGUACGGCAAAAGCGGGAACUUCGGUAUUGGAGCACGAGAGUUCGAAACGUGGACUCUAUCUUGGAAUGGUUAUUAGCAGUACAGUUUCGUUUUCUGCCUCCAUGAGCCUCAUUCUACUUGUCAUCAGUGGAUUACGACUCAGGAACCGGAUGAUAAUGGCGAUCCUAGUGACAUUUAUGGUACUAGCGGUUCUUUGCAUAUCGGCGGCGUUUUUCUUCGCUGUCGCAUUGGUUCAGUAUGAAGAUGAUAAAAUCAUCUAUAUACUAAUGGUUUAUGUGGGAUUCUGGAUCGUGUUUCCUGUUAUAAUACUUGUAAGCCAACUAGUUCGGUUUUUAGGUUGGCUUAUUUGUUUCAUAUGUUGUUGUUGUUGUCCACGUCGACGACGGUCCCCUCGACGGCUGUUGCCAGUGACUCCAUCUCCUGCCCAUUAACGCAGAAGACGAACAUGUGGCUCAAACCCACAUAUGAAAUGAGCUAUGGUGUUACUAGUGCAAUCACUAGAAUAAAAGUCUCCCGUGCAUAUCCCUUAUAUAUUAAUUGAGAAACAUUUGAAAAGAUGUAACCUCAAUUUUGUAUUAAUUAAAAGAUGCCCCAAUGCAUAGGUGGCACUCAAUUAGGUAGUCAAUUACAUUCAAUUGAAAAAUAAG